UCAAAUAUCGAACAAAAAAUCCAUAUAAAAGUAUGUGUGCAAGAGAUAUCUUCACACUACUCCGCUAUGAUUUCCAUUUUGAAAUUCGCGGUACUGAUGGUGUUCAUAGCCAGUUACAGUUUCGCAGAUGAUUAUGUUCUGAACAGAAAAAGGUUUCCUCCAAAUUUCUUGUUUGGUGCCGCUACAUCUGCAUACCAGGUUGAGGGUGCCUGGAAUGAAGAUGGCAAAUCAGUAAGCACUUGGGACAAUACCACUCAUGCUGAUCCUGAUUCCAUAGCUGAUGGAAGCAAUGGAGACGUUGCUUGUGAUUCGUAUCACAAAUACAAAGAAGACGUAGCUAUUUUGAAAGAAACCGGCGUGAACCAUUACAGAUUCUCUCUGGCUUGGACCAGAAUUCUUCCUACUGGGUUCCCGGACCAAAUCAACCAGGCCGGCGUCACCUACUACAAGAAUCUCCUUCGAGAACUGAGAGCCAACGGCAUCGAGCCUUUUGUCACCAUCUACCACUGGGACAUGCCUUUGACCCUACAAGAACGAAACGGUCUCCUCAACGAGUCUUUCAUCGAUUGGUUCGCUGACUACGCAGCUGUCUGCUUUGAUCUCUUCGGCGAUGACGUCAAGAUUUGGACCACAUUCAACGAGCCCAAGGGAACCUGCUUAUUCGUCGUGCCAAAUAACAAAACAGAGGGAUCUUUGGAGUACAUAUGCGCGCACAACGUCUUGCGAGCUCAUGCUAAGGCCUAUAGAAUAUACGAGAAGAGGUUCAAAGCGACACAAGAUGGAAGAGUAGGGAUUGUGUUGGAUAGCUACUCUUUCGUGCCAGGAUCUGACAGUGCUGAGAACAUCACAGCAACAGAAACAACAUACCAAUUUGAAUUGGGUUGGUUCGCCAACCCCGUUUUCAACGGAGACUACCCGGAAAUUAUGAAAUCCCGCAUCGGAGCUCGCAGCCGCGCAGAGGGCAGGAAAUCUUCCCGUCUGCCCGAGUUCACCGAGGCUGAAAAGGUCGCCCUCAAUGGUUCCGCUGACUUUUUCGCCCUCAACACGUACUCGACCUCCUUGGUGGUUGCCAUCGAAGACCCACCGAUCAGCUAUCCGCCCAGCAGGGACCAGGAUAUGGGCGUGACGAAUUACCAGCCCGACGAGUGGGAGAAUAGUACGAUGAACGGGAUGAAGGUAGCUCCUUGGGGUAUAAGACCACUGUUGAAUUGGAUAAACGAUCACUACAAUCAACCAGACAUCAUAAUUACUGAGAACGGUACACCUGACAAUACCGGAACCUUGCAGGAUGUGAAGAGGGUAUCCCUCAUCCAGUCGUAUUUGAGUUACAUCAGGGAUACAAUGGAACAAGAUGGAGUGAAUGUAAUCGGUUAUACUGUCUGGAGUAUAAUGGACAAUUUCGAAUGGACUCAAGGAUACAGUCAAAAGUUUGGUCUCUACAAUGUGGACUUCAGUAGCCCAAACAGAACAAGAACGCCAAAACUGUCUGCUCAAUACUACAAGAAUGUUUGUCAAACAAGAUGCCUUAUAGUUGAUGAUUAUGGUUGUAUAGAUUAA